CCAAGUCGGACAAAAGACUCCACGCACACGACAAGAGUACCCAAGUUCUCUGUAUCAGAGAUUUGAAAAUCUUGAGAGGAAGAACAAGAAUACCAAGGUUAAUCAACUAUUACCGGCAUUCCUUACCAACUCACGAGAAGCCCGUAUCGAAAACUAAAGAUUAGCAAGAUGGCAAAAGAGCCUCUUACAUCGUAUGUCGCUCCUCCGUCUACUGGACAUGAGAUUGGGGUGAUUUUUGGGUUCAUUGGCUUUAUGGUCCUCUGCAUGAUAACCUAUGGUUUCGUAUGGCAAAUCGGAAACAAGCGUAGUCAAAAGAAAGAAGCGGAUCGAAUUGCAAAAUUGAGAGCCAGUGGCCUCAUGCGAGGGGAAAAGGAACCUAAUACGGAGCCUAUGAAUGGGACCUAAGUAUAGCGGGUGUGAUGUUGUGCUGGGGAUUGAUCAGGGAGUGGGAAGGGGGUUGCAAGUGGAGCUUGGUGGCUCGAUAUUGGAUACCCAGGGUACUUUCGUUCUUGGAUCUGGA